AUGAAAUAUACUGUGACUUUUGAUGAGAAGACCCUAAUAGAUCUUAUUGAUGAUACGGAACUUGCAAACCUAUUUCAACAUAAUGAGAGAAGUGGGCAUGUGUAUAUAGCAUGCAAAGAAAAUGAAAAUGUACAGGAAACAUUUGAUGAGCAACAAGUCACAGAGGAAUUGCUAGGAGGCUCAGAAAAAAGCCCUCUAACAAAUGAAGCACUUGGAGGACCUAGUAGCCUACCUUGUAGAGUACAAAGUGCACCCACACCCAUGCCUGAAUUGAACUCAUUGAAAUGGAAAAAAUUGUUGUCAGGAGUAUUGCAAACAUUUGCAAAUGCUGAUGCUUUUAGAGAGACACUCUACAAGUAUAGUAUUGCUCACAAGUUUCAAUACAAAUUUUUGAAGAAUAGCAAGGAUAGAAUGUCUGUGAAAUGUAAAAUUGAAGGGUGUCAUUGGAAGAUAACAGCAAAUGCGAUAGGGAAGCAAACUCAUUUCCUACGUGUGACACAAUUUCAAGAUGAACAUAUUCAUCAUGCUCAAGACAGCCUUCAAGUGAUACAUGCUCGAAGAGCUAGUCUAACGUCAUCUAUUAUAAUUGAGGAGGUAAGGUCUCACAUAGACAAGGGUCCAAACGAAAUUAGGGAGACAUUACAAAGAGACUAUGGUGUGAAUCUCACAUAUAAACAAGCAUACGCUGCUAAGGAAAAAGCACUUGAGGAGAUUCAUGGUAGACCAGAGCAGUCUUAUAUGCUUAUACCAUGGAUAUGUCAACGGUUAAAGGAUACUGAUCCAAAAACUGUGGCUGAAUGGGUAGCUUCUCAUAAUAAUAUUUUUGAGCGUGUCUUCAUAGCAUAUGGUUGUUGUAUAGAAGGAUUCAUGGUUAGGGCAAGACAUAUACUAUAUAUAGAUGGAACUCAUUUAAGUGGCCCGUAUAAGGGCACCUUACUAUCAGCCUCCGCAUAUGAUGCAGAUAAUGAAUUGUUGCCAUUUGCAAUUGGUAUUGUAAAAGGAGAGACAUAUGAGGACUGGACAUGGUUUUUGGUUAUGAUUAAAAAGAUAAUAGGGUUAGUUGAAUUGACAAUUGUUUCAGACCGUCACAAUGCUAUAAUAAGAGCUGUAUGGGAAAUAUUUGGUGGUGAGCGUCAUGCAUUUUGCUAUCGACACGUGAAGGAAAACUUUAGUGCAGAAUUGAUGAAAUUAAAUAGAGGUAAGAAAAGGACAAGUGCCCAGAGCAAGGAUGAUGCGCUAAAAUUGCUUGAUGACAUUGCAUAUGCAAGGCUUGAAAGUGAGUUCAAUGAUGCUAUGGAAAACAUGAGAAGUUUCUCUUCACAAUUAUUUCAGUGGCUUGAGAAUCAUGGGGAUGUUGAUAGGUGGGCUUUAAGCAAGUUUCCAUUUAGACGAUGGGACAAUAUAACAACAAAUCUUGUUGAGUCGUUCAAUGCAUGGAUGGUGAAGGAGAUGAGGCAUAAUGUUGCUCAAUUGAUCCAUGAGCAUCGAGAAAAGGUAGCAAAGAAAAUGUAUGCAUCAAGUAUGGCAAUGAGGAAGUGGAAAACUAUUGUUGGUCCAAACAUAGAAUCAAAAGUGAGAGAGCAUGUGGCUAGAGUUAAUGUUAGCUGA